AUGUCGAUAACCACCGCAUUCCCUUCGCCGUCAAAAACGAUAUUCAAGGAUUUCAUAUCCAUUGAGUUUUCUUUGCCUCAUGAAAGCGAUUCAGAGCAGUUCCGAUAUGAAGGGGGCAUUUCUCCCAAACAUACUCUGCAACAUGGUUUUCGGAAAGCACCUACCGCAAUUAUCCUCCAGGAUAUGCCUCGAGUAGAAUACUAUUUCACCACCAGUGGUCCAUCACCACCACCCGAAAUACCGCAACCCCCACCAGUUGCAAAGUACUCGAAGCUCCCUUCGAGAGACAUUGGUGUCGCGCGGUUCGUAAAGAGGAAGAUUAACUGUCUUGAGGAUAUACUCGUGUCAUAUCCCCUCGAUGUAGAUCCGAUCAAUACUCCGGCCGAGAUUCCCACAUCCGGUAUUGGCUGUUCAUCGCUAAACCUCCAAAAACAAAGCAAGAGGCGCCAUCCAAUCUGA